GGAAGGAGGAGCGCGUCGCCCGGCCUUAGCGCUCCUGGGGGAUCCCGAUCCUCCUGGAUCCCGCCCGCGAAGGGGGGGUUCGGCUGAAAUCCGCGGGUGUUUCGGCUGGAAGGCUCGUCCCGUCUCUUGGGAGCCGAAACGCGAUGGAGUUGGCGGCGGGAGCGGGGCUGUUUCUCGCGCUGUGCUUCGCUGCCGAGCCCUGCCUGGGGGAUUCGGGUUCAUUUAGUUCUUCGGAUCCACCGUCUCUUAGCAUCCAAAAACAUAUGAUUACGAUCGCUGCAAAUGAUACGUUACAGAUUACUUGCAGUGGUGAGAGGGCUUUGGAUUGGCUUUUGCCUAACAACCAAACCAGCAUCGAAAACCGAAUCGUGCUGACUGAGUGUGCCAGCGACACCUAUUGUAAGAUGCUCACCCUGACGGAAGCAAUAGGCAACGACACAGGGUCCUACAAGUGUUUUUACCAAGACAACCUCGCCUCAUCAAGCAUUUAUGUUUAUGUACAAGAUUACAGAUCUCCAUUUGUGAUGUCAGCCAGCGAGCCAGGAGCUGUGUAUAUAACCGGAAACAAAACUGUAGUGAUUCCAUGUCUCGGAUCCUCAUCGAACCUGAACAUAUCACUCCAUUCAAAAUAUCCAGAGAAAACGUUUGUUCCUGAUGGGAAGUCAGUUACAUGGGAUAAUCAGAAAGGUUUCACAAUUCCCACUAACAUGAUCAGUGACGUAGGAAUAGUCUUUUGCAAAACUAAGAUAGAUGGUGAAAGCUAUCAAUCGGUGAUGUACGUCGUGGUCGUUUUAGGAUAUAAAAUCCAUGAGCUUAGUAUGAGCCCCCUGCACCAAGUAGAGCUGGCAGCGGGAGAGAAACUAUCCUUAAAUUGCACAGCAAGGACCGAGCUGAAUGUGAGAAUUGAGUUUCAGUGGGAUUUCCCUUCGAAACAGAAAAUGAACGCUGCAUUCAAGGAAGGGAUGACAGCCUUGGGCAGUGAAAUGAAGAAGUUUGUGAGCACCCUCACCAUCGAACACGUGACUUUAAGCGACGGGGGUCUGUAUAUCUGCACGGCCACCAGUAGCCAGAUGACAAGGAAACACAAAAUUAAUGUCAUUGUUCACGAAAAGCCUUUUCUCUUUUUGGGCAAAAUGCCACUUCUGGUGGAGACCAUUCUCAGAGAACCAGCUAAAGUGCCUGUAAUAUUCAAAGCAUAUCCACUCCCAGAAGCAAAAUGGUAUAAAAACGGAGAAGCCAUUGUUGCAAAUCGUACGGUGAAACUUGGUUACUCUUUAAUCAUUACUGAAAUGAGUGAAAAAGAUGCUGGGAAUUACACUGUUGUGCUGACCAAUCCCAUUAACCAGCAGCGUGAAAAGCACACGUUCCAUCUGGUGGUAAACGUUCCACCUCAAAUCGGGGAGAAUGCUCUCCUUUCGUCUGUGGAUUCCUACAAGUAUGGCUCCACCCAAACUCUCACGUGCACAGUGUAUGCGGUCCCAAGGGUGAGCCACAUUCAGUGGUACUGGCAACUGGAGGAAGAAUGCACUUUCAAUCCACACCAAGCUGGAAUGGGGAAUAAUCCCUAUGCGUGUAAGAAAUGGAAAACCAUAGCAGACCGAAGAGGAGGAAAUCAGAUUGAGAUCUUAAAAGAUCAAUUUGUUGCUAUUGCUGGGAAAAUGAAGACGGUUAGCAGCCUCACCGUUCAAGCAGCAAAUGUGUCCACCUUGUACAGAUGCGUAGCGAAUAAUAAAGCUGGAGAAGGUGAACGAAUCAUCUCCUUUCAUGUCACUAGAGGCCUUGAGAUCAGCCUUCAGCCUCAAGGCCAGCCUACUAAGAAGCACAACGUAACCUUGCAAUGCACCGCUGGCAAGCACACCUAUGAAAGCCUUACCUGGUUUAAAUUCAGCCCUCGGGUUUCAGGGACUCGCCUGGAUAGACUGCCUAUGCCUGUGUGCAAGAAUUUGGAGGCCCUCCAGAAACUGAACGGCACCACCGUAAAGGCGAAUAGGGAGACCGUUACCCUGAGUCUCUUUCUCCACAAUAUCACCCUCCAAGAUAGCGGGGAGUACGUGUGCAUCGCUCUGGACAGAAAGAGCAAAACUCGGCACUGCCUUGUCAAACAUCUCACGGUUUACGAACCAGUGGCACCCGCAAUUACAGGACACCCUCAGAAUCAGACAACGAACAUCGGCGAAACAAUAGAAGUUGUUUGCACAGCAAGUGGAAUUCCUUCCCCACAUAUCACUUGGUUUAAAAACAAUAAUUCUCUUAUUGAAGACUCAGGUAUUGUCCUGAAAGAUGGGAAUCAACGGCUCACCAUACGAAGAGUGAGAAAGGAAGAUGAAGGUCUUUACAUGUGCCACGCCUGCAAUGUCCUGGGUUGUACGAAGGCAGCUGCCUUUUUUGAGGUGGAAGGGACUGAUGAGAAAACAAACCUUGAGCUCAUUAUUCUUGUCGGAACAGCGAUCAUUGCCAUGUUCUUCUGGGUGCUCCUCGUAAUCAUCCUGCGGACUGUGAAACGGGCCAAUGGAGGAGAACUGAAAACUGGCUACCUGUCUAUCAUCAUGGAUCCUGAUGAAGUCCCUAUGGAUGAGCAGUGUGAACGUCUCGCUUACGAUGCCAAUAGAUGGGAAUUCCCUCGGGAUAGGCUGAAGCUAGGAAAGCCACUUGGUCGAGGAGCGUUUGGUCAAGUGAUUGAAGCUGACGCAUUUGGAAUUGACAAAACGACUACUUGUAGCACUGUAGCAGUCAAAAUGCUUAAAGAGGGUGCAACGCACAGUGAGCAUCGGGCCUUGAUGUCUGAACUCAAAAUUCUUAUUCAUAUUGGCCAUCAUCUCAAUGUAGUCAACCUACUUGGAGCUUGCACAAAGCCAGGAGGUCCACUCAUGGUGAUUGUGGAAUACUGCAAGUUUGGAAAUUUGUCUGUCUACUUAAGAAGCAAGCGAAAUGAUUUUGUCCCAUACAAGAGCAAUAAUAUCAGAUCUGGGCGAGGACACAGUGACUUCUCUGCAGACCUAAAGAAACGCUUGGAUAGCAUUGCAAGCAGCCAGAGCUCAGCGAGUUCAGGUUUUGGCGAGGAGCGAUCCCUCAGUGAAGUGGAAGAAGGAGAAAGAACAUCAGAAGAUCCUUGCAAAGCUUCUCUGAGCCUAGAGGACCUCAUCUGCUACAGCUUCCAGGUGGCUCGGGGGAUGGAAUUCCUGGCGUCCCGGAAAUGUAUACACCGAGAUUUGGCUGCUCGCAAUAUCCUUUUAUCGGAGAACAACGUGGUCAAAAUCUGUGAUUUUGGACUGGCUCGAGAUAUCUACAAAGAUCCAGAUUAUGUCAGGAAAGGAGAUGCUAGACUACCCCUUAAAUGGAUGGCUCCAGAAACCAUUUUUGAUCGUGUAUACACAAUUCAAAGUGAUGUAUGGUCUUUUGGUGUGUUGCUGUGGGAAAUAUUUUCAUUAGGGGCCUCGCCAUACCCAGGUGUAAAAAUUGAUGAAGAUUUCUGUAGAAGAUUGAAAGAAGGAACGCGGAUGAGGCCACCAGAUUAUACAACGCCUGAAAUGUAUCAGACAAUGUUGGACUGCUGGCAUGGUGAACCCAAACAAAGACCGACCUUCUCAGAUUUGGUGGAGAGCUUAGGGAAUUUACUGCAAGCUAAUGUUCACAAGGAUGGUAAAGACUAUGUUGUCCUUCCCCAAGUUAUGUUGCUCCAUACUGAAGAAGAUUCUGGACUCUCCUUGCCAACGUCACCUGUUUCCUGCAAGGAAGAAGAGGAAGUAUGCGAUUCUCAGUUCCCUUAUGACAGCACGUCGCAAACAAGUCAGCAUCGCACAGGAAGUAAAAGGAGCAGUCGUCCUGUGAGUGUUAAGACUUUUGAAUCUGUGCCUGUAGAACCAACCAUAAAAGUGGUUCAAGAUGAAAAUCAGACAGACAGUGGGAUGAUUCUCGCAUCCGAAGAACUAAAGGCAUUAGAAGAGAAAGCUAAAGAACUGGCAUUGCCGUUCAGUGGGCUGAUUUCCAGUAAAAGCCACGAAUCUGUUAUGUCUGAAGCUUCAAAUCCCACCAGCGGCUACCAGUCAGGCUAUCAUUCAGAUGACAUGGACAUUACCAUUUAUCCUAGUGAAGAAACAGAACUCUUAAUGCUCAGGGACGACGCUUCUCAGACCUGCUUCGUUGCCUAUGGCCCUGCUAUCUCUCUGAGUUCACAGUCUGUAUAAGGACUUCUCAGAAAAUGGCAACAACUGGAACUUAUACCAAACAUUGCCUUGUCCUGAAACCCAUUGUAUUCAUACCCAGAAUACAGGAGGGGAGAAAAAUAUGAAUUUUCCCAUUAUUAUUAUUUUUUUUAUGAUUAAAAAGAAGAAGAAAUUGCAAUAAGGAAUCCUCUGGAAGCAAUGCAAGACUUUGAGAGAGCUUGAAGAUAUAUCAGGCAUUGCUGAAAGUCAUAGAUGAUCGUUUCAUCAUCAGUUUGAACACAAGAACAUCGUGAAAUCUGAUAAGGAGGCCCUCUUUCUAUGCAGUUACAUGAAGAUGGAAAUAGGCUCAGUCAGAACCAGUAUUUCUACCAGUUUGCCCCAGUUCAGGCGGUUCGGUAGCGGUGGUGGGAGGGUCCACCGGUCAGAAUCCUUUGAAUUUGGGGUUGGUCAGCAAUGAGGUUUCAGAAGUGUGGUCAGUGGAACCUAAGACAGCAUCUGCCUUUCCUAACUCCUCUUUCAUGUUUAUCUCUUCCAUUGAAGGACCUUUCCUGUCUAAAUCUUGCUGUUAAAAGUAAGCCACUAAAAGCUACUGAAGAGCAGGGCAACUGGCUUUGUGAAAAUCUCUGUUUUUACUCCCUAGGCCUUGAUGUAUUUUUGAUCCUUUCCAAGAAGGCUUCCUACUGAAAUGAGCCUCCUUGAGAGGCUUGAGAAAUGCUUAAAAAUUAGCAAAUAAUCCCAGAGUUUAACCAUUAUUCACCAAAGAAUGUUGGUGAACAUUCCUUUAUUUGAUCAGUGUUGUAUGGUUCUUAAGAUGCAGACACGUAUUAUUAUUAUUAUUAUUGAAACAGCCACCUUGAUAAAAUAACCUCUUGUAACGCAGCCAAGCAAAUUGUCCAUAAAACCAGUUUUAUCACUGAGAUAACAGAGUUGGAAGGGACCUUGGAGCAGGGCUGGGCUGCUGGGGGUUCGCAAGGGUUCGGGAGAACCUCUAGCUAAGAUUCUGUGCAGUUCGGAGAACCCUCACAUCCCACUCCUGGCUGGCCCCACCCAUCCCUACCCCUCCCAUGAGUCCCCACAUGGCCCAUUGUGGAUGCAUGUAAGUGUAGGUCGCGUGCAGAGCCUUGGGGAGGGCGAAAAACGGGCCUACCGGAAGUUCAGGAAGGCUGGAAACAGGCCUGUUUCUGGCCUCCCGAGGGGCCUUCAGAGCCUGGGGAGGCCGUUUUUGCCCUCUGGAGCCUGGGGAGGGCAAAAACACCUCCCCACCAUGUUGCAGGAGGCCGACUAGGCCACACCCACCAUGGCCACGCCCACCCAGCAACCGGGCAGAGAACCCCUUGCUAAAAUUUUUGAAGCCCACCCCUGCCUUGGAGGUCUUCUAGUCCGACCGCCUGCUCGAGCAGGAGUCCCUCUACCAUUUCUAGCUGCUCAGAAUGUCGUGAUGGACCUUUCAAGUGGAAAGAUUCCAAAAUUUGGUCACCUAAUAACAUGUGACAUUUACAUUGAAAGACUUUUCUUUACAGAAAGUAUCAUGAAGCUAUUUUGACUAGGGUUGUCUUUGGUUACUUUUAUAUUUUUCAUUCAGGGUUUUGUAUUUUGUUUAAUAUUUCAGGCAGAACAAAUCCAUGAAUUAACAAAAAUUUAAACGGCACAAAUGCGGUAUUUAUAGUCUGGAUAUGUAGAAAGAAUUGUAAUAUAUUAUGAGAAUAAAUAAAUAAAUAUAUUGUAUAAUGAAA